AUGUGCCCAUUGGCUCUCCGGGCUCUGGGCUGCGGGGGUUUCACAGCCGGCGUUUGUGAUUGGCAGCUGUCCAGUGGCCCAAGCUCGACUCUACGUCCUGCCCAGGUGCUUGCUCAGGUCGUGCUCGCCUCUAGCUUCAUUCAUCACAAGCAGCAAGAUUGGGGGGUUAUAGUCGAGCUGGGAUCAGGCAGCACUCUUCCCACAUCUGCCGGCAGAUCUGCGGCUCUAACAAUCGCCCGACGCUACACUGCAACUGUGUCCGAAACACAGUCGUCCCAAGCCUCACACAACACGAGUGCCAUUUCCAACUUGCACGUCAAUGCGUGAGCCCAGAGUCCGCCCAGCUCGUUCAGUCCCUGCCGCCAAGCUUGUCGUGACGGCGCCACGGCGCAGCAAACAAAAGCCUGCAGUCCUCGUUCGCGGACCGCACAGCAGUCGACAGCCAGUCAAGUCGCAGCCCGCCCGAAGGCCGGAUCUGUGCACGGGCUUGUUUGCAGGCCGAAGCAUCCACCCUGAUUCCGCUCCCCCAGCAGGCAACUGCCGUUUUCCGCAUCAGAAUAUUGCGCAACCUCGCGAGGAUCAAAAGC